CUUUUAUUUUGAAAAAAGGAAACGCAGGAGACGAGUUGAGGAAACGGGUGUUUGCGUGCUAACAGCGCAUGUUAGCCAAAAAAAUCAAAACAACAUAAUUUAACAUUUAUUUCUCAACGCUACAGGAGACAUAUUGCACUAAUGGAGGUCAUUGGUUCAACAGAGAAAAUAAAUGACCCAAGCCUACCUCUUCCAUCCCUUCGCCUCCUGGUGCCCCCACUGCAGCUUCUGUCUGCUGCUAUGUGGCAGCUGGCGAAGCAGAAAGAUGUGAUGAAUUAUGAGAAGGUUCAGGAGUUUGUGUUCAUGGUGACUGAGGCAGUCCCUGGACUGAUCAACCACAGACAGAGAGCCCAGCUCAUUCUGGGUCUAAAAGCAAGGUUUAUUCUGGAGCUUUGUAAAGGCUCAGUUCGGGGUUCUGUUGAUUCUCAAGUGAUCCAGAGCUAUUUGGAUAGACUCCCAAUGACCUCUGCAAACACAGAUUACAGGGAUGCAGAGGUGAAAACAACAGAGUCCACUUUCAUUGCACUUGUUCAGAGCCUGCUGAAAGAUCCAGUUGAGAGAGCAUAUUUCUUCCAGGAGGUGUUCCCAGUGGAAUAUGGGCCGCAAUAUGAUGCUGCUCUGCAUGUGUUAUUGUGGGAGCUGCUCUCAAAACUGGAAAAGCUGCUCCCAGUACCAGACUUAAAACAGACUGCAGCCUGGCUCGGCUCUGCUCCUCCUCUGUUGGAGGAAUGUGUUCAGUCCUCACCUGAAGAGCUGAGCUUGAUUUUCGAGCACUACAAAAGUUCAGGACUACUGAAAAUGCCAUAUGGCCCUUCAUCCACCAUUGGUAGCUGCAUCAUGUCUGCUUUAUCCGUUCCUCCCUCGCAAAAGACAAACAUCUCUGUCGGACUGGAAUCAAUCCACAACUAUGCAAAUGUACUAAACCCUGUCACUUUUGUCGGAACGGACCAGUACAGCGUUGUGGCCGUCUACACCGAAGUGGAAGUUGGAGCAUCUGAAGUAGACGAGGAAAUUAUCGAGUCAGCUGAAGUGCAAGUUCAAACAGAUUUCUAUGAAGAAGAGAUUGUGGCUGUUAGCGCAGAUAACGGCGGUGGUGAGGAGGCUACCAGCUUGAGGGCAGAAGAAACAAGUGAAACUGUGGAUGUUGCUAAAGCUCUGGAGACUCUGACAAAAACUUUUGCACUAAGGAAGGAGAGCCUUGGUCAAGACGUACUGACAGGAAAGAGUAAUGAUUCAUCUCUUAAUGAUGAGCUUGGGUCAGGAAGUGCACCAGAUGAAGGAAAAACACAUGAAGGACAUGAAACAAGUGACCAAACUGAUGAGAAAAGAGAAAACAUUGUUGAAGAGGUGAAGGAGGAUUUCCAACCUGGAGGCGUAGAGAGCACUAUGAGCUCUUGUACAGACUUGAAGGAUAACCACAAAACAUUUUCUGUCCAUGAAGAAAUGACAGAUGUCUCCAUGGAAGAUGCUGUCUCCGAAACACAACAGUCUCCCUGUUCAGCUAAUGUGCGCCGAUCCACUCGUCUACAACUGAAGACGUCACCCAGUCGGCAGGAGAUGUGUAAAAUCAAGAAGUCAUCCAGACAAAUUAGUGAAGAACCAAAAAUGAGCAGGGCUGAUGUAUCAGCUGCCCCCUCUGUUAUAGCCAUCAAAGGAAGUGACAAAGGUGAGUCGGACGAGAUGACGUCUAUCAUCUUCACCUGCUCACAGUGCCCCUUCCACAGCUCGGAUGAAAAUAGCCCUCCUCACUUCCACAUGCAGAGUGUUCACACUGAAGUGUACAGGCCUCUCUCAGGAGCCAAAUUUACACCAUCUCCAUCCAGCACAGAUGAAAUUUUUACAUCCAUUAAACUUUUCCCCAAAGUAAACACCGAGCAGGGCAAAGCAGAACAGCCUGAUAAUCAAAGCAAAGUAAAUGUGUCUCAGUCCCACAGCAGACAGAAGGCCCUCACAUGCGAAACGUGCGGUAAGACGUUCACCCGGACGUCAGACGUCAGGAGACACCAGCUCACUCACACCGGAGAGAGACCAUUUCAUUGCUCGCAGUGUGACCGAACCUUCCAGCACUCUUGGGAUCUGGCCAAACAUGAGAGUAAACAUCAUGGCGUGGCCAUUUCUUUCUCCUGCCAGCUGUGUAGGAGCUCCUUCGCUAACCUCCGCACACUCACCGUCCACCAUAAGAAGUCUCACUCACAGGAGAGCCAACUUCCUCAGAUCUGCUCCAUCUGCAGCCAGAGCUUCCCCACCUCCUCUGAGCUUCUCGAGCACAGGAAGUCCCAUGUCACCAGUAAACGCUACAUCUGCCAGCAGUGCAGCGAAGGCUUCGACUCCCUGCUCGCGCGCUCCCAGCACAGGCAGAUGCAUCAAGUGAAGCAUCAAUUUAAGUGUCCACAUUGUGAGAAGACGUACACUCGGAGAUCUGAUGUAAAGAGGCAUCUAUCUACCCACACUGGGGACCGACCUUACCAGUGUGACCAGUGCAGCAAACGGUUCUCGCUCCGCUUUAUGCUCAUGAAACACCUCCGUGUUCACACAGGCGAGCGGCCUUUCCAGUGCUCCCACUGCCCCAAGAGAUUCACCCUGGUGUCUGUGCUGGCCAGGCACGAGAGGAUGCACACUGGGGAGAAACCUUUCCUCUGCUCUCAGUGCGGGAAGGGCUUUUUGUCGCAGGGAGAGCUUUCAAAACAUAACAGGUCGCAUGUGGACGACAGGCCCUACUCCUGCCCUCAGUGUGACAAACGUUUCAAGAGCAAGAAAACCCAGCAGGAACACAUCGUCUCCCACACUGGCGCCCGCCCGUACCCCUGCACCUACUGCGGGAAGGGCUUCACCAAACCGUACGCACUGACCAGGCACAAUCUCAUUCACACAGGAGAGAGGCCGUUCCCCUGCGGACACUGCGAUAAGUCGUUCCUCACGCUCAGCGAGGCUCAGCUGCACCAGCGUAUUCACACGGGGGAGAGGCCGUAUCCCUGCAACAUCUGCGAGCUCAAGUUCAAGAGCUCGUCGGAGCUGGCGCGUCACAAGCGCAGCCAUUCAGGGUUGAAGCCGCUGAAGCCAUACUGUGAGCAGUGCAUGAAAACGUUCACAUCCAAGGCCAAGCUGAAGAAACACAUGGAGACACACAGGGAGGAGGGAGAAGCAGCGCAGUCUGUGGACUCUGUACAGCCUGAGGAAUCAAAUAAUUAAUGAAUAACAGAGAUCUUAGUGAUUAAGUUAGUGAAGUUGUGAAAAAGAAUGUAAACUGUUUCAGGUUGCUGAUGCUUGAGUUUAGAUGUUUAGCUUUAUCAAAUUUAACAAGUUCUGAUUAGGAGAGAAUAUAUGGACAAGAAGAUCAUGUUUGGCACUGUUGCAUCCUUCAACCUUUAAGUAACUUACUGUGAAAAAGUUGUUAAACACAAAUCAUUUUGACCUAUCAGUGUUUUAUAUGUGCAGCUUUACUCUCUCAUCUCCACUUUGCUUUGAAGUUUGCAACAGGGACGAUUUACAAUUAUGUUGAAGUAAUCAAUAUAGUAUGUUUAAAAUGGAAAUCACAGGUGAACAAAAUUGUUCAUUAAAUACAUUUUUCACUCCAUAUACUGUCUGUUUUUUUCACUACACUAUAAUAUUGUGCGUCAGUAUAAUUGAGAGCAUGUGGAUAUAUUUUUUUAUUUUUUAAGUUACAAGGUCUACACAGUUGAAGGCCAUAAAACUGAAACCUGUAUAAUAAUCCAAUGCCAUGCAAUAAAUGUUACCUAAGUGUG